UCAGACAUAACUACAUGAAAGAGGUAACUUGUGUUAUUGACGUGAUACAUUGUUUAUUGAAGCAGAGCGACAGUUUGCUACUACUGGAACUAGAGUGUCUAAAACAAAGGCUAUAUAACUGAACACUUUGUUUUAUUCUUUUGUCAAAAAUGCGUCCUAGAGUGCAAGUCAAAUAUGUUACAGAGCACAUGAACUAUUUAGAAGAAAAGAUACACGUCAUUAAACCUGUGGUUGAAGCUUUGCAAGCUCAGGCUGUAGACAAAAGUAAGACUUGGUUAGAAGAUAAAAGUGACAACGAAUCUUUGACAUACUGUGAUCUAUGUCAAGAACUUGAAUCAGCUACCUUGGCCUUGUUGAAUGUAGCGGCUCAUAUCUUAGACGAAAAUAAAGACAAUGUAGAAGAUGGAAGGUCAUUUUCAUCUCAGUCUAACUCACAAACAACAACAGAAAAAUGUGGCCGUAGACAGUCAACAGAUCAAGUCCUUAACGAGCCUUAUAAACCAUCAGAGUCAUGUGUAGGUCACAGAUAUGCUUGUCAUGUGGCGCUUGAUCUCGCACCCGUCAGUGUUGGAUUAAUUAUUUCAAGAUUCUGGGAUGUACGUGAAUAUAACGGUCAACAUUUUAAUCAAACAACAGGAACAUUUGUAUCACCCCAUGAUGGUUUAUAUCUUGUCUGUGUCAGUCUAAAUGAAAGGGAAGAUAAACAGAUUGGAGUUGGUGUGAUGGCUGGAGGCAGGUGCUGUACGGCUAUAGAAGUGAAAUGUGCCGCCACUAGCGCUGCUGGGUCAGUGGUUGUUGACAUGAAGAAAGGUCAAGAACUGUACUUUAAAGUGAUUCAAUCAGAUCAAGGCGCAAAGUUAUCCUGCUACAGUAGUUUUACUAUCGUUAGUUUAUAGAAGUACAACACAAAACAUGGUUGAUGGUAAAUUCUCAAAACAGUAAAACUUGUAACCAAGCACACGCUAACAACUUACUACAUGUACAUAAACAUUUAAUGGUUUGUAUGUUGUUUUUUUUAGUCAUCAUUAUACAGUUCUAACUUUUUCAAUGUGAUCACCAAUUAAUAUAUUGUACGUGACCACAAUAAACAUAUCUUUCUUCUUCUUCUUCGUUCUUAAUUUUUAGUGUUGGGAGGAAUCGCGCCUUAUCUGCCAGAGGGUUUGAACUCGAGACUUUUUUCGAAUUUAUCAACCAUGAGCUUUUCCGACUCGACCAUGCUUCCAUCACAAUUAAGGAUUACGUGUAAAUGGGUUAUGCGCCAUUGAGGCCAUUGACUCCGAUUUCAGCCUGCUUUUCUUUUUGGGUUUGUUUCCAUAGCCUUUGUCCAAACAAGAACAAACUACAAGGCAGCAGUUGUUUGAUUUUGGUCCCCCAAUAAACAUAUGAGAUACAUCAGUUUUUAAAAUCUUUUGUUUCUAUGUAUAUGUGUAUCAUUGCAUCUGUUAAAAACAAAAGCUAGUUUUUGUGUGUAAACUAUGAAAUUGAAAUCCGCAUUUUUGGACAAACAAAAUGAACUAUUAAAAAAUUGGAAUAAGUUCACUUGGUAACUUAAAUAUGUGUGAGAUAUAUUUUAAAAAAUUAAUUCAUGAUAUGAAUUUGUAAAUAUUUUGAAAGAUACUGACAAUAACUUUUGUUUUGUUUCAAGGUAAAAUAUAAAUAUAUU